CUGGGGCCCGGAGCCCAUCUCCUCUGCCCACUGCAAACCUGUCUGCCUCCUUCUCCUGCCAGGUUUCUUGGGAACACUGGCCCUGCUACCAGAGCCCCAGGAGCCCCCAUGAGUGCCGGUGAAGGGAAUCUUGGGUAGCGAGGCCCUGGCUGAUCCAGGGGUGGGCACUCCACCAUGCCACCCAUCCUCCAGCGCCUACAGCAGGCCACCAAGAUGAUGAGCCGCAGGAAAAUCCUGCUGCUGGUGCUAGGGUGCAGCACCGUAAGCCUCCUCAUCCACCAGGGGGCACAGCUGAGCUGGUACCCCAAGCUGUUCCCCCUGAGCUGCCCACCAAUUCGGGAUUCACCACCGCGCCCCAAGCACAUGACUGUGGCCUUCCUGAAGACACACAAGACGGCGGGUACAACGGUACAGAAUAUCCUGUUCCGCUUUGCAGAGCGCCACAACCUGACCGUGGCCCUGCCACACCCGAGCUGUGAGCAUCAAUUCUGUUACCCGCGCAACUUCUCGGCGCACUUCGUGCACCCGGCCACGCGACCGCCACAAAUGCUGGCGAGCCACCUGCGCUUCGACCGAGCAGAGCUCGAGCGCCUCAUGCCGCCUGGCACUGUCUACGUCACCAUCCUGCGCGAGCCGGCCGCAAUGUUUGAGUCACUCUUCAGCUACUACAACCAGUACUGCCCGGCCUUUCGGCGCGUGCCCAACGCGUCGCUCGAGGCCUUCCUGCGCGCCCCCGAGUCCUACUAUCGCGCCGGCGAGCACUUCGCCAUGUUCGCGCACAACACGCUGGCCUACGACCUAGGCGGCGACAACGAGCGCAGCCCGCGUGACGACGCCGCUUACCUGGCGGGCCUCAUCCGCCAAGUGGAGGAGGUCUUCUCGCUGGUCAUGAUCGCCGAGUACUUCGACGAGUCGCUCGUGCUGCUGCGGCGCCUGCUGGCCUGGGACCUGGACGAUGUUCUCUACGCCAAGCUCAACGCGCGCGCCGCCAGCUCGCGCCUGGCUGCCAUCCCCGCGGCACUGGCGCGGGCCGCGCGCACUUGGAACGCGCUGGACGCCGGCCUCUACGACCACUUCAAUGCCACCUUCUGGCGCCGCGUGGCACGCGCUGGCCGCGCGUGCGUGGAACGCGAGGCACGCGAGCUGCGCGAAGCUCGCCAGCGCCUAUUGCGGCGCUGCUUCGGCGAAGAGCCAAUGCUGAGGCCAGCAGCGCAGAUCCGCACCAAGCAACUGCAGCCCUGGCAGCCCAGCCGCAAGGUGGACAUCAUGGGCUAUGACCUGCCCAGCGGUGGCGCGGGCCCAGCCACUGAAGCCUGCCUCAAGCUGGCCAUGCCGGAGGUGCAGUACUCGAACUACCUGCUGCGCAAGCAAAAACGCCGGGGUGGCGUGCGGGCCAGGCCUGAGCCUGUCCUGGACAAUCCCCCGCCUCGGCCCAUCCGAGUUCUGCCCCGUGGCCCUCAGGGCCCCUGAACUCCGCUCUGACUCCCAGAGUCUGGAUUCUGUCCUGCCUUCCCAGGAAUCCACCCUGGGGUUGCUCCCAGAUCCCGCUCCAUUGGGCCUUUUUCGCUGAGGGGCUUGAGCCCGAAGCCCAACUUGAGGGGAACUUGGGAGUGUAUCUUAUUAUCUGAGCCUGCAUCCCAAGCUAGGGCUGAACCUCGCCUUUGGAUAUGGCGCUAGAAGGCCCAGUCCAGCCUCGGGCUACUCAACCCUACUUCCCACCUGGUCGAUGACUUUGACACAAGGUCCGAGGGCUGUCCAGAACUGCCCACCCUGCCUUUUCUGGGGGCUGAGCCUCCCACCUGUCCUUUCCAAGUAGAUGACCCCUGGGGAAAGGCUGCUCUUCUUGUCAACCUCACUGAGCUCUUGCUCUUCCUCCCAGGGCUUCAGAGGCCCAGUACUGUUGUCUUCCAGGUCCUACCCACCCACAGACCUAAGCUGCUCCCCGACUCC